AUGACAGAUAAGUCCACUACUACUAAUGCCGUAAGUUGGGUGGAUGGAGGCCUAGCCAAUCCUCAACCUCAGUUAAGAAUAGGACAUACAUUAUAUCCUCCUCAAAUGCGUAUUUGGAAAUUGCUAGCUGCUCUUAAGCCUGCAGAACUCUUUAAUGGAACUGUUGCCCUUACUUAUGAUAAGGUAUUUUAUGACUUUACUAAAGUUAGACAUUAUAAUGUUUCAGCUUGUGUGUACUUUCCUCUAGUAAUCUUAAUUGGACAUGUGGUCAUUCAGGACAUGAACUUAACCUGCCAAAAUUGUUGUUUGUAUACAUGUCUUAACAACUCUAUAGCCUUUGACCCAGCUUUUGACUCUGUUAUGAUUUUGACUCAAAGGAAUUCUUUAUGGAUUCCUGUGAAAAUGCAUCAUUCCUGGGAAAUCAGUCCUGCUCAAGGAUUGAUUCUGAGAUUUUUCAAAAGGUUGCUACGGCAUGGUAAACGUAUGAUUGGUCUGAUUAUUGCUGCUAUUUUAGGUCUUAUUGCUUUGGCCGCUACCGCAACUACUGCUGGUGUGGCGCUGCAGAAAUCUGCACAAUCACAGACUUUUGUUGAACAUUGGCAUGACAACCCCCAUAAACUUUGGACACAGCAGGCUCAGGUUAAUUCUCACUUACAAGAUGAAAUCGUGGCUUUACAAAGCGGAUUUCAUUGGUUAGGUAGUAAAUUCUUGGAAUUGCAGGAAACUGUACAAUAUGUCUGUGAUUGGAAUUCUACUCAGAUUUGCAUCACUCCUUAUAAAUUUAAUGACUCUCUUUAUGAAUGGCACAAUUUGGAGAUGUACAUUCAGGGUAAAAUGGAUAAUGCUACAUUUAAUGAGAUGCAAUUGCAGGAAGAAAUCUUUGCAGCAUUUUCAGAAGAAUUGCCUUCUGCUACUUCUAUUGAUCAAAUAGCUACUUCUUUAGCAAAUUCUCUCUCUGGUCUUGAUCCUCGCAGAUGGUUUCAGAGUAUUUUGCAUAGCUCUGGCUCUUCUUUGGUUACUUUAGUGAUUGUUCUAUGUAUACUGUUAAUCGGUGGUUGCUGUGUAUCUCGUUGUCUGCAGCGGAAGGCUCACAAAUGGGCUGCUGCACUCAUCUUUUCUGCUCUUCAUUUUCAAAAGGACACCGCCGCUACUAUUGUUCACUAA